AGUGCAGCAUUUGUAAUGUUGCAUAUAGCCAAAGCUCUACACUGGAAAUCCAUAUGAGAUCUGUGCUUCAUCAGACAAAGGCAAGGGCUGCAAAAUUAGAACCAAGUGGUAAUAUAAGUAGUGGAAAUAGUGUAGCAGGGAAUGUUAAUAGCCCCAGCCAAGGAAUGCUAGAAUCUAUGAGCUUACCAGCAGUUAACAGCAAAGAAACACAUUUAGAUGCCAAAGAAUUAAACAAAAAGCAAGCUUCUGAAUUAAUUUCUGCUCAGCCUACACAUCACCCACCCCAGUCACCAGCACAACUACAAAUGCAACUACAGCAUGAACUGCAACAGCAAGCUGCAUUCUUUCAACCCCAGUUUCUAAACCCAGCCUUUUUGCCUCACUUUCCAAUGACACCAGAAGCAUUGCUGCAAUUUCAACAGCCUCAGUUCCUUUUCCCUUUCUAUAUACCUGGGACAGAAUUUACUUUAAGCCCAGAUCUGGGUUUGCCUGGUUCUGCAACAUUCGGUAUGCCUGGAAUGGCUGGUAUGACAGGAUCACUGCUAGAAGAUUUGAAGCAGCAGAUACAAACGCAGCACCAUGUUGGCCAAACUCAGCUACAGAUACUGCAGCAACAAGCACAACAGUAUCAAUCCACCCAACCCCAACUUCAGUCUCAAAAACAGCAGCAGCAAAGUGGCAAGCUGAUGAAAGCAGAGCAAAAUACUUUAGUAAGUCCAGACUGCCAGCUGAUAAAGGAUAUGCCAUCAUAUAAGGAGUCAGAAGAAAUUUCUGAGAAACAAGAGAAGCCAAAGCAAGAAUUUACUAAUGAGAGUGAAGGACUAAAAGAAAACAAAGAUAUGAAGAAGCCAAAAUCCUCAGAACCAGCCAUCCCACCACCCAGAAUAGCUUCUGGAGCAAGGGGGAAUGCAGCCAAGGCUUUGUUGGAGAACUUUGGGUUUGAGUUAGUUAUCCAAUACAAUGAGAACAGACAAAAAGUGCAGAAAAAAAGCAAGACUGGUGAAAGUGAAAACACAGACAAACUGGAAUGUGGAACCUGCAGUAAGCUCUUUUCCAACAUUCUUAUUCUGAAGAGUCAUCAAGAACAUGUGCAUGGACAGUUCUUUCCAUAUGGAGCAUUAGAAAAGUUUGCCCGACAGUACAGGGAGGCGUAUGACAAGCUUUAUCCAAUUUCUCCAUCUUCUCCAGAAACACCGCCACCUCCACCACCGCCUCCUCCACCACCACCACCGCCUCCUCCACCACCACCACCAUCAGCCCCACCUCAAGUCCAGCUUCCUGUUUCACUUGAUCUGCCGCUUUUUCCUCCAAUUAUGAUGCAACCAGUGCAGCAUCCUGCGUUACCUCCUCAGCUUGCCCUCCAGUUGCCACCAAUGGACACUUUAUCUGCAGAUCUUACCCAGCUUUGUCAGCAGCAGCUGGGAUUAGAUCCCAAUUUCCUGCGGCACUCUCAGUUCAAGCGUCCACGUACAAGAAUCACAGAUGAACAGUUAAAAAUCUUGCGGGCUUAUUUUGAUAUUAACAACUCUCCAAGUGAAGAGCAGAUCCAAGAAAUGGCUGAGAAAUCUGGUCUUUCACAGAAAGUUAUCAAGCACUGGUUUCGUAAUACUUUGUUUAAAGAACGACAGAGAAAUAAAGAUUCUCCAUAUAACUUCAGCAACCCUCCCAUAACAGUAUUGGAAGAUAUCAGAAUAGAUCCUCAACCUUCAGCUGUAGAACCUUACAAGUCUGAUGCAUCUUUCAGCAAGAGAUCAUCUAGGACUCGGUUUACUGACUACCAGCUUCGUGUCCUCCAAGACUUCUUUGACACAAAUGCAUAUCCAAAGGAUGAUGAAAUCGAACAACUUUCAACUGUACUUAACCUACCUACUCGAGUUAUUGUCGUGUGGUUCCAAAAUGCACGACAAAAAGCUCGCAAAAGUUAUGAAAAUCAAGCUGAAACUAAAGACAAUGAGAAAAGGGAACUGACGAAUGAGCGUUACAUUCGAACUAGUAACAUGCAAUAUCAAUGCAAAAAGUGCAGUGUGGUUUUUCCCAGGAUCUUUGAUUUGAUUACACACCAGAAGAAGCAGUGUUAUAAAGACGAAGAUGAUGAUGCUCAAGAUGAAAGCCAGACUGAAGAUUCUAUGGAUGCCUCUGAUCAAACAGUGUAUAAGAACUGCACAGUUUCUGGCCAAAAUGACUCAUCAAAAAGCCUGGCAGUCACAGCAGCAAGCUCUGGCUCUGGUUCUAGUACACCUUUGAUUCCAUCGCCCAAACCAGAACCUGAGAAGGCUUCUCCUAAACCAGAGUCCACAGAAAAACCAAAACAAAAUGAAACCGUCUCUAAGCAAACUGAUACAACUUCCCAAAGCACCAAACCAGUACAGUCUACUCCAGUAACCUCUUCUGACCCUCAGCCCUCAGCUUCUCAACCACAGCAACAAAAACAGUCACAGAUAGUAGGGAGACCUCCUUCUGCAUCACAAACCACACCUGUUCCUUCCAGUCCUUUACCGAUUUCAAUGACUUCUCUACAGAACAGUCUACCUCCUCAGUUGUUACAGUACCAAUGCGAUCAGUGUACAGUUGCCUUUCCAACUCUAGAACUCUGGCAAGAGCACCAGCACAUGCAUUUCCUAGCAGCCCAAAACCAAUUUCUUCACUCACAGUUUUUAGAAAGGCCAAUGGAUAUGCCCUAUAUGAUAUUUGACCCCAAUAAUCCUUUGAUGACUGGACAGUUACUUAAUAGUUCUCUUGCUCAGAUGCCACCACAAACUGGCUCAUCACAUACGACGCACCCUGCUACAGUUUCUGGUUCCCUGAAACGAAAACUAGAUGAUAAAGAAGAUAAUAACUGUAGCGAGAAAGAGGGAGGAAAUGGUGGAGAAGAUCAACAUCGUGAUAAGCGUUUAAGAACUACAAUUACUCCAGAGCAGCUGGAAAUACUCUAUGAAAAGUACCUGCUAGAUUCCAACCCCACCAGAAAGAUGCUAGAUCACAUUGCACGUGAAGUGGGACUGAAAAAGAGAGUCGUACAAGUCUGGUUUCAGAACACAAGAGCCCGAGAAAGAAAGGGACAAUUCCGUGCAGUUGGUCCAGCCCAGUCCCAUAAAAGGUGUCCUUUUUGUCGUGCUCUGUUUAAAGCAAAAUCAGCUUUAGAAAGUCACAUUCGCUCUCGACAUUGGAAUGAAGGGAAACAGGCAGGUUAUAGUUUGCCUCCAAGUCCUUUGAUAUCAACUGAAGAUGGAGGAGAGAGUCCACAAAAGUACAUAUUUUUUGAUUACCCAACACUGCCGUUAGCAAAAACUGAAUUAUCAAGUGAAAAUGAAUUAGCCUCCACUGUAUCAACCCCUGUUAGCAAAACUGCGGAAAUGUCACCGAAGAACCUCUUGAGUCCUUCUUCUUUUAAAGCAGAGUCUAGUGAGGAUAUAGAAAACUUGAAUGCCCCUCCUGCUGACUCUGGAUAUGAUCAAAACAAGACUGAUUUUGAUGAGACUUCAUCAAUUAAUACAGCAAUUAGUGAUGCCACAACAGGGGAUGAGGGGAACAAUGAAAUGGAAAGCACAACUGGCAGUUCAGGGGAUGCAAAACCUGCAUCACCUCCCAAAGAACCAAAACCAAUUGUGAAUGACAUGAUACCAAAAGCUGCAACUACACCCACAAAUGAGAAUACCGAUGACAAAUUUCUCUUUUCCUUAACAAGCCCGCCAAUACAUUUCAGUGAAAAAGAUGGUGAUCAUGACCAAAGUUACUACAUUACUGAUGACCCUGAUGACAAUGCUGACCGCAGUGAAACUUCAAGCAUAGCUGAUCCAAGUUCACCUAACCCAUUUGGAGCUAGCAAUCCCUUUAAAUCCAAAAACAGUGAUCGGCCAGGCCACAAACGUUUCCGAACCCAAAUGAGUAACCUUCAGCAGAAAGGCCUGCCCAAACGCGUGGUCCAGGUCUGGUUUCAGAAUGCCCGGGCUAAAGAAAAGAAAUUCAAAAUUAACAUAGGGAAACCAUUCAUGAUAAAUCAGACUGGACCUGAUGGGACAAAGCCAGAAUGUUCACUAUGUGGUGUGAAAUAUUCUGCGCGUUUGUCCAUAAGAGAUCAUAUCUUUUCCAAACAACAUAUUACAAAAGUGAGAGAAACUGUGGGAAGUCAGCUAGAUCGGGAGAAAGAUUAUUUAGCUCCUACAACAGUUAGACAGCUGAUGGCACAGCAAGAAUUGGAUCGCAUAAAGAAGGCUACUGAUGUGUUAGGAUUAACAGUACAGCAGCCAGGCAUGAUGGACAGCAGUUCUCUUCAUGGUAUCAGUUUGCCAGCAGCUUAUCCAGGACUCCCUGGCCUUCCUCCUGUUCUUCUGCCUGGAAUGAAUGGUCCAUCCUCCUUACCUGGAUUUCCACAAAGUUCAAACACUUUAACAUCUCCUGGUGCAGGCAUGCUUGGGUUUCCUACUUCAGCUACUUCGUCUCCUGCCCUGUCUCUCAGCAGUGCCCCCUCCAAACCUUUGCUGCAGACUCCACCACCACCACCUCCACCACCACCACCACCUCCACCACCACCACCACCUCCUCCUCCUCCCUCCUCCUCCUCUUUGUCAGGACAGCAGACAGAGCAACAGAGCAAAGAAUCUGAGAAAAAAAAUACUAUUAAUAAGCCAAACAAAGUAAAAAAAAUCAAAGAGGAGGAAUUAGAGGCCAACAAACCUGAAAAACACCUGAAAAAAGAGGAAAAAAUCUCAUCUGCUCUUUCAGUGUUGGGCAAAGUUGUAGGGGAAGCACACGUGGACCCUACUCAGCUGCAGGCACUUCAGAAUGCAAUUGCUGGUGACCCAGCUUCAUUUAUAGGUGGGCAGUUCUUGCCGUACUUUAUUCCUGGGUUCGCUUCAUAUUUUACACCUCAGCUUCCUGGAACAGUGCAAGGAGGGUACCUCCCCCCAGUCUGUGGUAUGGAGAGCCUUUUCCCCUAUGGGCCAGCAGUGCCUCAGACAAUUGCUGGCUUGUCACCUAGCGCACUGUUGCAGCAGUACCAACAGUAUCAGCAGAACCUCCAGGAUUCGUUACAAAAGCAACAGAAACAGCAGCAAGAACAACAGCAGAAACAAGCUCAAGCAAAGUCAUCGAAAGCAGGGAAUGACCAACAGCAAAACUCCAGUGACACUUCGGAAACAAAAGAAGACAGAAGUUCUGCUACAGAAAGCACAAAAGAAGAACCCCAGUUAGAUUCAAAAAGUGCAGACUUUUCAGACACUUACAUUGUUCCAUUCGUCAAGUAUGAGUUUAUAUGCAGAAAGUGCCAGAUGAUGUUUACUGAUGAAGAUGCAGCAGUAAAUCAUCAAAAGUCCUUCUGUUACUUCGGUCAGCCUUUGAUUGACCCACAAGAGACAGUGCUUCGUGUCCCAGUCAGCAAAUAUCAGUGUCUUGCCUGUGAUGUGGCUAUCAGUGGAAAUGAAGCACUUAGCCAACACCUCCAGUCAAGCUUGCACAAAGAGAAAACAAUCAAACAAGCAAUGAGAAAUGCCAAAGAGCAUGUUAGAUUAUUACCUCACUCAGUCUGCUCCCCUAAUCCUAACACCACAUCUACCUCGCAGUCUGCAGCUUCUUCUAAUAACACCUAUCCUCAUCUUUCUUGCUUCUCCAUGAAGUCCUGGCCUAAUAUUCUUUUCCAAGCGUCUGCCAGGAAAGCUGCUUCUUCCCCUUCUUCUCCUCCUUCCCUUUCCUUGCCUUCAACGGUUACCUCAAGUUUGUGCAGCACCUCAGGGGUUCAAACCUCACUACCCACAGAAAGUUGUUCAGAUGAGUCUGACAGUGAGUUGAGCCAGAAGCUGGAAGACUUAGAUAAUUCUUUGGAAGUGAAGGCUAAGCCUGCUUCUGGCCUAGAUGGUAAUUUCAAUAGCAUCAGAAUGGAUAUGUUCAGUGUGUAGGAGUGAAGACAGGAUCCCUUGCUUAAAAAAAUAAGACUUUAACUGCAGUUCCAAAGCUUCUCUAACCCAAAAAUUACAGUACCAAAUG